AUGGGAGCUGCUAUAUUUGGCGACGAGUCUGGCGACGUCGACUAUGAUUUGAGAAAUCCCGAAGACCUCAUCAACUUCCUGAUUGAUGCCAACAUACGGCUGGUAAGACUGAGCUACCUGCUAGAGCUCAACGCUGCCGGGCGUCUUUGGCCACGGCGCCAAGAGGCGGAGGAGCAGGGCUUGGUGAGAUGCCACGAAAUCGAGUGCCUGAAAAGAGCAGAAUAUGUCGUGGAUGAGAAGCAUUUUCCCCCAGUGUGCGGUGGGGCUUUUGUAAGACAGCGCAGAGAUACCGGAGCGGGAGAAGGACGGGUUGUCAGAAUAUAUUCCGUGUCUCAUUGCUGGGAGGCGCAGCAACAUCCAGACCCCUUUGGCUUUCAAGCACACUUACUCUUGAAGUGGUUCAGAGAAACCAGAGACUUCUCAGCUUUUGGAAAAAACGAUCCGGAUCAAUGUUGGCUGUUUAUCGACUUUAUCUCCCUACCUCAGUACAAGCGUACAGAAGCAGAAGAGCAACAAUUUCGUCAUGCAAUGAACUCGAUGCAUUUGCUCUACUCGCACUCAGCUAUUUACCACGUAAUCCGCUUGGAGAAAAUCAUGCCAGCUCACCUGCACAGAUCUUUGCAGCGAGACUUCAUCGAGAUCUAUUGCGAGACCACCAACAAGGUCGAGCUCAGACCAUUUGCGGAGUUGGUGAUGAACGAUACGCUGUACUUUCAACGAGGCUGGUGUGUUGCUGAAACUCAGUGGAUGUGCACACGGUCUGUCAGUUGGGAACGCUCACCGAUGACACCCGCUAUGUUUCAAGAGCGUGUCAUUCGUGGAAUGGAGGGGGAUCCAGAUGGGCUCGUGUUGAUAUUCACCCACCGCAGCGAUCUUGAAUCCGUGGUGCAAUUGCAAGAGAAAGUGUUUCGCAAGCAUGCACAGCACAAAACGGUAUUGUAUCUGUAUAACCUGCCCGAUACAGAACUGCAAGUGCUCGCUGAGACAUUGCCAUCGCUUGUGAGCUUGCAGGUUCUCAUUGUCCAGGAUGUUGACCAGGAGCACGAAAGAACAAACUUGCGUCAAUCCCUUGCAGCGCUGGCGGCAUCUAUGCCAAAGUGCAAAGAGCUGUUCUAUGCGAAUGCCUUUGGAGUUGAUCUCCUUCUUUUGGGGGACCCUCCACGCAGAUCGCCCCCAAUCUCUGCUUGGUGUAAUGCUUCACAUUACAACGUCGUGGAGAGCCAUUUCGUGACAGACUAG